CAGAGCUGUGGCACAGGAAUUUGUGCGUCUGCCAGAUUUGGCCCGCCGAGUCCUCCGAGUGGCCCCCGCAGGAUGAAGGUUCUCUUCCCCCUCCUCCUCCCUGUCCUGGGGCUGCUGGUGUCCAGCAAGUCACUGUGUCCAGUGGAUGAAGCCAUCAAUAUGAAAAUCCAGGAGGGCACCAGCUACCAAAUUUCUGAGGCAAUGAGAAAAAUUGGCUUGGACUGCCGGACUGUCACCUCCAGGGGCGACCUGGCCACCUGCCCCGCAGGCUUCGCCGUCACCGGCUGCACGUGUGGCUCUGCCUGUGGCUCGUGGGACGUGCGUGCCGAGACUACCUGCCACUGCCAGUGCUCGGGCAUGGACUGGACUGGAGCGCGCUGCUGUCGCCUGCAGGACACCGCCUGAGGUCGCGCGUGCGCCGCGCGGGAGGGGCCAGGCCUGCUGGGGGGGCAGGGCUGGAAAUAAACCAGGAGCUG